GUUUCGAAUAUUCUUUCUUACAAGUUUCCAAUCAUUGUUACACAGUAUAAACGACGCGUGGACCUGUUCACGUCCUGCAACUAGUCAACAAAAAAAAAAGCAAAACAACAACUUCACCGGCAUGAAGCGCUGGAGUUAGAAGCUGCCUAACGCUUUUCUUCCACCGGCAUGCCCAUUGACGCCAAGAUCGAGUCUCCGACUGAAUCGAGUAGGGCUCGCCAAAGCUGGCUGGCGAGGUGUGGCCUUACUUUAACCAACCUAUCUGUACGUGACAAGCACGUCUCUGAAGAAUCCCCAAAUAGGCCCGUCAUGACUUUGGCUGACACAAGCCCUAAGAAGAGAAGGAGGACUUCUAAAAGUCCGCUUCCAUCCAGCAGAACUCCUUUCAAAAUGGCUGAAAAUCAACCGUUGCCAAACGGCAAACCUGCACAUCUCGAACCACGUGAUCAUUUUGAUUUGUGUUUGAAAGAAGAUCAUUCUCCGUAUGCGCAAGCGCGCAAGCAAUUGCUCCAGGACGAGGGCUUCCUCGCAUGGGAUUUCAAGGCACGGAGCUCUGCAUCGAAAGAUGAAAUAAGAGCUGGUCAGAUACUACUUGCGAUUCGAGAAUAUGAACGGGACGUAACAUUCGGCAACCAGGCCUCAGAGGCGAUCCCUGGUCCCGACACGCUGGACAUGGGAGGACAGUUCUUGACAAAUAGGACUAGGAUCGAGUCGCGAAGCAUACUCUAUGAUAUUUCAACCAAGGUGCCAAAGGGCGCUCUUUUACAUCUCCACUUCAACGCCGAACUACAUCCAGCACGGCUACUAGAGGAAGCGCAAAAGAUGCCAAACAUGUUUAUCAGAAGCAUUCGGCCCCUUUUGACGGAGGAGGACCUCGAUGUGACCGAGAUGGUUUUCAAUGUCAUGCCGGAGGAUACGGCCAAUGCUAAUAUAUUUUCUGAAGAUUACAAAGGGAAGGAUGGGAAUUGGAGGGACCCCGAAAUCGCUCCCCAGAUCUGGAUGAGGUGGUCGGAUUUCCGCAAAGAGUUUCCCAAAAGGUUCAAGGGCAUCUACAAGCAGAAAGAGGAGGACUUGUUGUCAGAAGGGCACAAGCCGAAUAGCUCGCAGCAAGGCUUCGUAAAGCUCGAUCCUGCAGAAAAUUGGCUGAAAUCAAAGAUGGUGCUGAGUGAGGAUGAAGCUUAUAGACCAUCCCAGACGGUCAACGGUGUCUGGGCACGAUUCAAUCAAGCUACGAGGUGUUUCAAAGGGCUCUUAAACUACGAGCAAGUCUACAGAUGGUACAUUAGCGAAUUGAUCGACCGCAUGAUUGAGGAGAAAGUCAUGUACGCCGAGCUUCGACCCAUGCUGAUGGACAAGUCCAUUCCUACCAACGAUGGUCGCGGCAAACUCAACAAUGCAGAACAGAUGCAAAUGAUCAUAGAUGGCGUCAACGCAAAGAAAGCCGAACUUGUGGAUGCUAAAAAGGGCCAUUUGUUUCCGUUUGGCCUAAAAAUCGUGUAUUGCACACCCAGAUCGAUCCCCAAACCGAAGAUGAUAUCCGAGAUGAAAGAUUGCAUCGACCUAAAACUUCAGUUCCCUGAUCUUAUCUGCGGCUUUGAUCUCGUUGGUGCUGAAGACCGACCCAAUAAUAUCGGCUUUUAUUACGACGAAUUAGUGGCAUUCAAGCAAACCUGCAAGGACAAGGGAUUAGACAUUCCCUUUCUGUUCCAUGCAGGCGAGACUCUGUUGGAUACGGGCGGCUCCAAAGAUCCAGCAAACUCAAAUCUAUAUGACGCUGUACUCUUACAGUCAAAGCGUAUUGGCCAUGGCUUCUCCUUAAUGAAGCAUCCGCACUUGGUGGAGAAGUUCAGGAGGACGGAUGAACAGAAGGGCAUAUGUGUGGAGCUUUGCCCGAUCUCGAAUGAGCUUCUGCAUCUCUGUAGAAACGUAAAGGAGCACCCCUACCCAGAGCUGCUCGCUGCCGGAAUACCGUGCACGGUCAAUAGCGAUAACCCAUCACUUUUCAGUAACUCAAUGUCUCACGAAUUCUAUCAAAUCAUGGUCGGCGCACCAACAAUAACCAUCCAUAGCUGGAAGCAACUAGCUCUGUGGAGUCUGGAAUAUAGCUGUCUCUCCGAGCAAGAGCGAAAGGAGGGCGCUGAGCUGCUUUUAGAUAGCUGGGAGCAAUUCUGCAGAGACGUCGUUAAGGAUUACGAGCGUCUCAUGGACGGUGAUAAGAUCAACGUGGAGGAAGCACACAAGGCGUACGAGGCAAAGCACUCUACAAAGAAGCCAUGA